UUUAUUGAUAACCCCUGUGCCACCGAAUUUUGAAAAUGGUAGAAAACCAUUUAGCAAAGGAAAUAGAGCUGCUGGAAGAAAUUAAAGUUUUAAAUGAGAGGGUGGACAACGUGGUGUCAAGAGUUAAUGCCUAUGAUAUAAAACUAGCUCAACAUGAUGAGCUACUCCGCAAAAAUAAACUAUUAUGGGCACAAUUUAGGGCUCGAAGGGUAAGGAGGAAAUCUUUACUCCCUCAAGAGGUUGACAAUGCUGCACAUUGUGAUCAGCUUGAUAAUUUGGGGCUAAUCCCUUUAAGUGAAAGCCAACUUCAAGACAUCAGGGCAAAACAGUCGUCAUGUGUUCGUUUUAUUGGUUGUUUGGUGCAAGCUUCAUUUCCAAAUGGAUACUUCAACACUCGUAUGCCGGAACACGUUACGAAAGCCCAAUUUAAGCGGCUCUAUGAAAUCACAUGUGCAUAUUUUACCAAGAUAAAGAGGGCUAGAAGAAACGCUGUUAAAUUGUCGUUGAAAGAAGUCACAAAUGUCAUACGAACCUACAUCUACAACACCCGCAACCGCCACAAAGGACGAUUUUCAUCUUCCAGUACCGAAAGCGAAUAUUCUACUGCUGAAUUCUCUUGUGAUGACUUACCAAUUAAUAGUGAAUCCUGCAAUAACGCGUCAAACACCCACGGCGCUAAUGGUAACUUCUCAAAAGAUAACGUCUCCAGCGACAGUGUCUCAAAUGGCAGUGUUUCCAACGGCACAGUUUCAAAUGGCAGUGCGUCCAACGAUGAUGGCUUCAACGAGAAUGACACCGACAAUGAUUAUUGUGAUAGGCCGUGCGAUCCGCCUAACCAUUAUCCGAAUUGCAAGAAUUUCACAGGAGUAGUUCAUGUCUAUGGCAAAUACCAGUUGGAUGAAGGAACCGAAAGGGCAAGAUUGCGCCAACCUAAAGCAAAGCAGUACCAUCCAAAGUUCGCUAUCGUCCCCGAUGCAUCGGAAUACAAUCAAAAACAGCCAAAAUACUUACAAUCGGAAGGUAAAACAAAUGGAAGUGCCGGAUUCUAUCAAUGUGAUGUUUGUGACAAGAAAUUCUCUAGAAAGAACGCAGUUGCUCGCCAUAAGUUAAUUCAUACUGAUCCAAUUACUUGGAGCAAAUGCCCCUUUUGUGAAUACCGGGCAUCUGAUAUUUCAAAUCUCAGAAAACACUCAAGUCAAAGUCACAAGGAGGAAAAGCCAAAUCGCCUCACAUGUGACAUCUGUCAUAAGAAGUUGGCGAACACCAGAAACCUUAAUCGCCAUAAGCUGACAAUACACCACAGCUAGCCAUCUCCGGUCUUUGUAGUAGGAAACAGAUUUUCCGGAUGCACCUCUUUGGUAUUCAAGUUAUUUUAAUUUACAAUUGUUGUGCCAAUUUUUUUGCCUGUGUUUUGGAAGCGUCUAACG